AAUCACUCACUUCUCAUGUUAAUUUAGCCAUGAAGUUCCUCAUUAGUACACGUUCUUCCUCUUUUCGUGCUGUGACCCAUUCAUCUACAUACAUUCACUUCUGCGAUCCCACCGCUGACGACCUUUCCAUCCCAUUGACCGGUCCGGAGCCGGUAGACGUGUGGAUAUGUAAUGGUCAAGAGGCUACCUUUGAACUGAUAAACCAAUGGCUGGACCAAGCCAAUCAUAUCCCCAAAUCAAUCUUGGUGGAAGACCCCACUGCCCUUUCUCGUCUGCAGGACUUUUCAGAGGGCCGUGUGUUUCAAAUCGCAGGGUUCCCAGAGCAUAAGUCUACUACGAUACAAUGGGAGGAAUCCAUCCUUCAGGAAGCAGAAAUGCUCUACGCGCGUGCACGCGCCAAUAAAGCAGUCCGGCAGCAAAAUCCCAUGAAAGACAAGAAUGGCAAGCCGAUUGUUCUGCUUGUUGGAGCGGGUAUCAUGAAUCUUUUUACCGCAGAAUUUUUAGCUGCCCGUGGUUACCAAGUGCGCGUCGUGGAUGCGGGCCCCGAUCCUCGAGGCUGUCAGGACUGGACGCGCCUGGGCGUCACCAAUGGUGGUGGCAAUGCCCGUAUGUACACUCGGACCGAAGCCGACAACUACAAUGAGAAAGGGAGUAAAAUUUACGAAGAUAUGCAGUCAAUUUUCCGAAAAUCCGUCCGGAAUGGCGGAUGGAGCGUGAAGUUGCCCGAGGAUUUUACUGCCGCUGAGCAUGCUUGGGUGCAUGCGUUUGAGCAGAUUCCCGCUUGGUUGGCGAGGGCUUUCAGGGAUAAUAUUCACGACGUCAACAUGGAAGCUGGCAAGCUCUGGAAUGAAUACAUCCAAAGCUGUCCACAUUUAUUCCAAGAGGUCGAAUUCCGCAAAGACAUCCUCCGCAUGUACGUGGAGCCUGUUGCUCUGGACACAGCGCUAACGCUACAUCGCCAGCUUGGGGCGGUCAUUCAGGCCCCUUCUCCACAGGAGUUUCUGGAUGCCAAUCCCGGCUUCAAGUCCGCAGCUGGGUCGGACCAUCUCGCGGGAGGAAUCAUGGUGGAAGGAUUCACAGUGAAUAUUCACCCUUUCGUGGCCAAGUUGAUGGACCGAAUUAUUGGUCUCGGUGGGGAGUUUCUCUGGAACUGUGAAGUGCAGGGCAUAAAGCGUGACGCCCUGGGCAAAGUGACCAUGUUAGAAUCGCAACUUGGACCGCUAGAAGCGGAUCACUUCGUGGUGAGCCCCGGCGUGACCGGAAAUAUACUGCUGAAUGGAACGCGCUGCGAAAACCUGGUCCACGGGGUCCUUGGAAUAUGGCUACAAAUCCCCAACUUGAACCGGCAGCAGAAGCAUUCUAUCAAGAUCCAUCGCCGAGGUCACCUUGUCGAAGAUAUCAAUGUGACUGUGGCGAAGGAUGUCGAUACCGGUGAAGACAUCCUUAUGUUUGGUGGUGGUUACGGUUAUGUUGGGGAGAGUCGCCCCGCGCCUGAUUCUCCGGAACUCAUGGCCCUCUUCAAUGAGUUGGAAGAGGUGGCACGUAUCUAUUUCCCGCAAGGAUAUGCGGUAGCAAAAGAUCGUGGCACGCUGUACCCGGGUGGAAACCGCAAGUUCUGCGUCCGACCUUUUACACCCACGGGCCUCGGAGUCUAUGAGGAGAUUCCUACAGCAAAUGGAGGGUAUCUGAUCAUUACUGGCGGGAACAACACUGGCGGCUUUGCCCAGGCACCAGCUGUAGCGCGUGCGGUCUGGCGCUCAUUGGAGGGGGAGCACGAUCCUAUUCAUGUGCUGUUCCACCCUGAUCGAGGCAGGCUCCCCACUGGCACGGCUUACAACUACCACUCUAUUAAGCCGCUAUCCAUGGACAAAGUAGGGGCUCGCAAACCCCUGCGGCUGCUUUUGCUCUGCUCGGAUGGUCCCCAGCACCGCUACCUACGAUACCGUCUGGACCAGACCUUCCCCGGCUACCGCUGUGUUCAGGAAACAACUGAGGGACAGGUGCGCCGGCUAGUUGAAAAGCGCCGUAUAGUCGAUGCGUUUUAUACGAGAUACCAUGGCCUACGACGUUACCUCUCCGGCCACGAUACUUUCCGUGAGGCUUACUUUAACGACCUGGUCCCAGACGACCAUACCUCCCCAACACCAGACCUCACUGUCGACAGUGUCAACUGUAACCAGGUGUGGGAUGCGGUGGCUGAAUGGAAACCCGACCUCACCAUCGUGUCAGGCACAAAAUUUAUCGGAAAGAAGCUAAUCGCCCGUGCUGGACUCAUGAUUAACCUGCAUACAGGGCAUCUACCGGACUACAAGGGCAAUCACUGCAUAUUCUUCGCUUUGUAUAACGGGGAGGUGGACAAGGUGUCGUCGACUUUGCACCAGCUAACGUCGACACUGGAUGGGGGUGACAUUUUAGAUAGGGUGGUUCCGCCAGUGUUUCCUGACGACAACGAAGAAACGCUGUAUACACGGUGUAGUCAUAUGGCAGUAGAUCGGGUAAUUGAGCAUGCCGAGCAGUUUUCCAUGGGAAAGAGGCUCGCUUUCGUCCCACAGGAGGUGAAAGGAACAACGUUUCGGCAUCGUGACCGUACGCCUGCAAAGGAGUUGGCGCUAUGGUGGAAACUGAGUGUGAGCGGGCUGUCUCAGAAAAAUGUUGAUUAAAAUAUGAAUGUUUUUGUUUUGUCAAAGUAAGAAACUAUUGUAUUGAGCAUGAAAUUGAAAACACCAGUCUCCGUA